CCUUCGGGUUACGAUAUGGCGGCCGCAGAACCCCAGAGGACUCCUCAAGAAGUUGAGGAUAUAAUUCUCAGGAAAAUUUUUCUCGUUUCCCUCACUGAUGCCACGGGAAAGGAUCCUAGAGUCGUUUACUUGGAAUUGAUAGCAGCUGAGAUUCUCAGCGAGGGCAACGAAUUGAGGCUUUCACGGGACUUGAUGGAACGGGUUCUGAUUGAUCGGCUUUUUGGAAGUUUCUCUUCUGCUGAAUCGCCUUUUCAGUACUUAAUCAGUUGCUCUCAACGAGCACACGAUGAGGGUAAAAAAAUUGCAAACAUGAAAGAUAAAAGUUUAAGGGGUGAGAUGGAAUCCGUGGUGAAACAAGCAAAGAAGCUGUGUGUAGCAUAUUGUAGAAUUCAUUUGGCGAAUCCUGACAUGUUUCAAAUUGGAAAUUCUAGUGCGAGUAAACAUCAGAACUCGCCAUUGUUACCACUCAUUCUCUCUGAGGUCGGUGGCACCAUCAGUGGCUUUGGUGGGAGUGGCAAUGCUGGCGGAGUUAAAAGCCCGCCUGGGUUUCUGGAGGAAUUUUUCAGGGACUCAGACUCUGAUAGUUUGGAUCCAAUAUUGAAAGGGUUGUAUGAGGAGUUGAGGGGUAGUGUGAUGAAAGUUUCAUCUCUUGGGAAUUUCCAAGACUCUUUGAGGGCAUUGCUGUACCUGGUUAGAUUUCCCAUUGGUGCAAAGUCUCUUGUAAGCCACGAUUGGUGGAUUCCUAAAGGAGUUUACAUGAAUGGAUGCGCAAUUGAAAUGACAAGUAUUUUAGACCCUUUCUUUCAUGUUAGUGCUCUUCCUGAUCACGCCUUUUUCAAGAGUCAGCCAGACGUUGGAUGCAGCCUAUGAUGAUGUACGUGGGAGGAUCAUGAGUUCGGACAACCUCCCAUCUAUACGGGAAGUCUUCUCUAUGGUCAAAAGUGAGGAGACUCGGAGAAAGCUAAUUUCUGGUGAUUCCUCAAAGGCAGUUGAGCAUCAACCCCACGGUCUGCUCCCAAAAGAUACAUCAAGAGAGGAGGAAAAACCGAGGCAAGGGAAAUGGUGCAACCACUGCCGCAAGAAGGGACAUAUAAGG